AUGCUGGCUGUUGUGCUUGCUGUUUUACCUGGUGUUGGGAUUGGAGCCUACAUUGCUCAGUGGCCUGAAAAAAUCCUUCAGAGACCUGGAGAUUCUUUGACCAUCUCCUGCUACCAGAAUUACAGUAACUUUGCCUAUAUGUACUGGUACCUGCAGCCUCCAAGAAAUAGUUUGAAGUUAAUAGUCAGCAGUAGUACAUGGAGUGAUAACUUUUAUGAGGAUGGUUACAGUGAGGCCAAGUUUGAGGUAACCAGACAGAAAACUGAUUACUCUCUGAUGACAAUCAAGAAUGUGACACCCCAGGAUGAAGCCACGUAUUUCUGUGCUGCGAGCGAUCGCACAGUUAUUUGCAGAACAAGCCCAAAGCACAACCUCUCUGUAGCUACUGUGAAGGAAAUUAACUGUACCACAGUCCAAGCCAGAAGAGGCUUGGCUCAGAGAUCUGGGAGUAGAGGAGAGGUUUUUCUGCAGCUGCAAAAUGGUGUGAAUAAUGAGCAGUUGUUCUUUGGCAGUGGGACAAAACUUACGGUGAUAGGGAAGAAUGAUGAAAUCAUACCUCCAGCUGUGGCCAUCUUUUCCCCAUCAAAGCAGGAGAUCCAGCAGAAGAGCAAGGCCACGCUGGUGUGCCUGGCCUCUGGUUUCUACCCUGACCACCUGACUCUGGUGUGGAGGGUGAAUGGUGUGAAAAGGACCGAAGGGGUGGGCACAGACGAGUCCUCCACACAGAAUGGGGGCACCUACUCACUGACCAGCCGACUGAGGAUGCCAGCCUGGGAAUGGUUCAACCCUCUGAAUCGCUUCGAGUGUGUUGCCAAUUUUUUUCAGAAUGGAACAACAGCAUCAGUAAACAAAUUUAUCCAUGGUGAUGCUGGUUGUGCACUCACAGAAGAGUCGUACUUGCGGUAUGGAAAUUCCCUGAAGCUCACUUACCUCAUCCUCUGUGGCAAAGCCUUGGUCUAUGCAGUUUUGGUGAGUGGUCUGGUGUGGACAGCCAAGGUGAGUCAGAGUGGCCCUGGAAGGCUGGGCUCACUCACUGGUCAAGGAUCAGUGGAUGCAGGUUAAACCUCUUCUCACAGGUGUGGCUGUUCUGCAGGUGCUCUGACAGGCUUUGUGCAGUCCGGCUUGAGAAAUCAGAAAUGAUAGGUUUUCUCUUAUUGUUUUUCCAAAACUCAAAUAAAAUCAAUGCUAUCUAGCAGAGAAAUUCCUUCUAACAAUCCUCUUCAAACACAUGAAAAAGAUGAGAAUUAAGGACAAGUUGCUCAGAAAGUAAAUGAGGGAAAUAUCAGAUAUGUCACACAUUUGUGUAACCAUUGAGAAGGGGCUUACCCCUGCAGUGAAAAUAAUAAUAAAUUUUUUUUAAGUGAUGCAGGGGAUAAAUCUGAUCAAACAUUUACAGACUUACAGACAACAGUGGGAUCAAUCUGCAAAAAAUGGGAUAAAUUCAACUAACCACCAGGAAAUGCUUUUUUUUAGUAACUUUUCCUGUGGCUGAAGCAUACAUGCAGUGACAGGAGCAGAAGUCUCAGUACCUGUCUGUUUAAAAGCAGAACAGGGAGAUGUAUUUGAGAAGUGACCUGGUAGAGUUGAGGGCAAGAAUGAGGACAAUCUCAGUUGUAUUUUUUGGUCCUUUUGCACGGAUACAGUGGAAAGCAUAGAUUUGUCCAUUCUAUGAUCAUAGUCAUAGAAUCAAAGAAUCAUUUAGGUUAGAAAGAACAUUUAAAAAUUAUCUAGUUCCAUCCCCACCCUGAAAUGGGCAGGGACAUCUCUCACUAGACCCGGUUGCUCAAAGCCCCACGCAACCAGGCCUUAAACACUUCCAGGGGUGGGACAUCCACGGCCUCUCUGGGAAACCUGUCCCACUCUCCAGCACCCUCCCCAGAACAAAUUUCUUCCUCUAAUCUGAAGCUACCCUGAAUCAGUUUAAAACCUGGCCUCUUCAUCCUAUCACUGCAGGCCUUGGUAAAACAUCUCUGUUUUGCUUAAAAGUCCCCCACUGCUGUGUAUGGGAAGGCCUCAGGCCGGCCUGUCCCGAGGCUUCUCUUCUCCAGUCUCCAGAGGAUUUGUUCUCUCAGCCUGUCUGCACACCCUGAGGCCCUGUGACUGGCUUUGGUGGGCCUCCUGUGGGCCUGCUCUGUCAUGGCCAUGUGUUUCCUGGGCUGGGGCCUCCAGAGCUGGACACAGAAGUGCAGGUGGGAUUGGUGGGGGUUCACAUGGGCCCGCUCCCUAAGUCUGGCCAGGUGCCUGUGGCUGGCAUCCCUUCCCUCACACACGCCGAUGGCCACACAGCUUCGUGUCAGCUGUGAACUUGCUGAGGGUGCACUUGCUCCCACUAUCAAUGACACGCUGAUGAAAGUUGAAGAAAUGCUUUUGGCCCCAGUACAGACCCUUGAGGGUCACAAAACUGUUUGUGACUGACGGCCACUUGAACAUUCCCCAUGGAUGGUAGUUCUUUGGGCAAGGUCAUCCAGCCAAUUCCUGUAUUUGUUUCUGUUGUUUGGUGGUUGUUGUUGUUUGGUGGUUGUUGUUGUCAUUGCUAUUUUAUUGUUCUUCUUAUUUUGUCCCA